AUGGCCUCUGAAGGACUCACUCGAAGAAGGGGUGCCGGUGCUUCCCCAGCUAUAGGAUCAGCCUCUCCAGCAUUCUCAGAUGCACCUUCAUUCCCUUCUUCAUCUGCCGGUCCUCGAAAACCUGGACAAAACGCGCCAACAAGUUCAGCAGGAGGUUCAGGCGGUGCAGGCGCGAUGGAAGGCAGAGGGAAAAUAGCUUAUGAUCCAAGAGAUUUCGAAAAUGGUGGAGAAUCAGAAACGAUGCCUAGGUUAACGAUAAUGGAAGAAGUUUUGUUGUUAGGUUUAAAAGAUAAAGCCGGAUAUCUCUCGUUUUGGAAUGACAAUAUCUCAUACGCUCUAAGAGGGUGUAUUUUGAUUGAACUCGCUUUAAGACGUCGAAUUGCGAUGGUAAAGGAUCCAUCGCGUCGAAGAUUAGCUUUAGCAGAUAGACUUAUCGAAGUCAUCGAUGAUAGACAGACUGGAGAAACGAUCUUGGACGAAGCUUUGAAGAUGAUGAAGUCAAGUGAGAAGUACGGUACGGGUGCAUGGGUAGAUCUGAUGAGUGGUGAAACAUGGAAUGUGAUGAAGAUAGGAUAUCAACUCAAACAAGUUAGAGAACGUCUAGCAAAAGGUUUAGUUGACAAAGGUAUUUUGAGAACUGAGAAACGAAAUUUCCUAUUGUUCGACAUGGCGACACAUCCUAUAGCCGACAUGAAUGCGAAGGACGAUGUUAUGAGAAGGACUCUGACUCUUCUUACAGCUAGAACAGCUGCCAUUCCACCACAGGCUUUACACAAAGAAGGCGUAAAGUACCGACAUAUGAGAGCAGUUGUAUUGGUCUGCGCUGCAUAUGCGUCAAGUGUACUUGAAAACGCACUCCAAAGACUUUCGUACGAUUCACGAGAAGCGGCAUUUGCAAGAUGUGAUGAUAUAUUAGCUGAAUUUUCAACAUGGCCAUUUGGAGUGACGACGUCAAAUGUCGCUGGACCAGUGGCUAUCGGUGGGGGUACAAGGAAACGAGAAGGCGGAAGUGGUGGUGUGGGACGUGAAAGUGUGCAAGAACUGGUUAGAGAAGUAAGAAAAGAGAUGGCUUCCAGUCAAGUCACUCAAGCUGGAGCAGGUGGCGGUCAGGAAGAACAAGAAGAUUUAUGCUUUGAGAUAGUAGCUACAGUUUUAGAGAUUUUCGGUCGGAUGGAUAGUUUGCUUUGA